AAUUCACAGUAUUUUUUCACUAAUCUCACCAGCGUUCUUAUGGAUUCAACCUGGAAUGAAAUUUAUCCUUAAUUAUUGAAGUGUAGUUGAAAAUUCUCAGAAUCAAAAAUUCAAUUUCUCUCAAAUUUUUAGAUGGGAGUGAGACCAAUGAAGCUGUUAAUAUGUGGAUGUGGAUAUUUUGCAAUAAUCAUGGUUUCAAUGCUAUAUAUAACCUUCGCAGAAAAGACGACUGGCACGAUUAUUGGAAAGACUGUAAUGACUACCAGCAAUAGCUUCAAAUCAUGUCGAAUACCAACAGCUGAGAACACAAUCUACCAGCUGAUGAAGUCAGACAGAGAGCAUGUAACUUUACUGCCCAACUCGCCUGUACAGGGCAAUGGUACAGUGGUACAUAUUGAGUGCCAGGGGGCCAACAGAGGAACCACCAGUUGGUUUGGCCAGGAUUACAUGGUAUGCUACAAUGGAGAAUGGUAUCCUCCUGGAAAUCUUUGUAUAAAGUUUUGUCCACCAUUAAACCUGUUGAACUCAGUGAUAGAAUGCACCCUGAACGAUAAACCGGUAUCCUGCCAGGAGAACGUGAGACCUGGCACAGUGGCUGAUAAUCGGUGUAAAGCAGGCUACAAUGACUCAUCCACCAAAAGAAAUGAGAGAAAUAUCUGCCUCAAUACUGGAAAAUGGAGUUAUCAGUUCGUGGAAUGCUUUUUAUCUUGUGAAGGAAUUGACAAGGAAUACAAAUCAAAUGAUACAGAUCUAAUGGAAGUUGUGUAUUCUCCCUGGACUGCUGGAGUGUACGUAUGGAGCAAUACUUCUGAAAAUUUUGUAUUUGUUUGCAGUGCGUCUAUUGUGGGAACUGAUAUAAUUGUCACAGCUGCACGAUGCGUGCAGGAAAAUGGAAAAGCGUUAGAUGUGAAUCUAGUGAGAGUUGCAGUGGGAAAAACCCAUGUUGAUUGGAAUGAUGAACGUGAUAUCUACUCUCAAACUCUGAAAAUGAGCAAAAUUACUGACCAAAAUCUUCAUUCGAAAGCAGCAAAGGGCUACAUGGGUCUUCUAGAAAUGUUCAAAUCGGUGUCUUUUCUGCUACUGAAAGACAGAGUCGAAUUCAAUUCGUUCGUUCGAGCAAUUUGCCCUCAAUUUAAAAGAAUUUUUAAAGGUCUACAUAUGGUCUCCAAAUCCAACAUGAGAUAUUUAAAUGGAACAGUAACAGGUUGGGACAAGUCGGGAAAACGCAUUUCAUUCAGAACUACAUUUUACAAUAAUGCAGACUGCAGAAAAUUGAUAUCAGAAUUGGAUGAGGAUGAUGAAGAACGUGAACAGCUUGAGAGUGAGAUAAAGAAGUUUGGUAGCUAUUGCACUGAUAGAGGAUUCCCAGAAUCUUUUCUCGGUACAGGAGCUAUUUACUACGAUGAAGGUUUGAAAGCCAAUCGGUCCGUUGGUGCUCUCACACGCUUGUUCAAGUCUUUCAGUAUUUUUAUGGGACCCAGGUCAGAUGAAGUUCUAGACGAGAUGACACGCUUUUAUUCUAAUAUGAUUGACAAAAACUAUCGUGGAAAAUAUUAAGUUUCAAUCAUCAAAUUCUCAUGGUUAAAUUCAGCCCCAUUCAUCCAAUGUCAGCAUUAUUAGUUGAAUGAAAAUGACCAUUAUGCAUGGUUUCUCCAUACUCUAUGCUAAAACUGACGGUCAUGAGACGAGACCAAACUGUGAACGUAUAGGCCUCAUACAUAUUACUGCUGUAUUGACAUUAUCAUUUAUCAUAUCAUUAAAAAUUGAAAAAUAUUAUAUCAUCAUCAAUAUCAACAACUUUUGAAUAAGAUUAUGUUAACUAGUAACUUUGCAAUGACAUGGCUGUUAUUACACAGUAUUAUAUCAGAUUAUUGUAAUUGGUUGACUGUAGCUGAAAAAAUACGCCACGAUUUGUAAGAUCAGUUUAAUAAUUGUAGUCUAGUCACAAGAUUCAAACAUUCUGUAAUAUAUUAGUAUCUUUAUAAUGAGUUGAAAUUAUAUCGCUUUAUAAGAAUUAUAUUUAUGAAUAAAUAUAGAAUAAACGUUUUUAAAAUGAAUAAUUAAUAAUAAUAAAUAGUAAAUUAGUCCUG